CUGCGUAAUAAUUCCCUACCAAUUGAUCGUUGCGUUUCAUUCUCCAUCUACAAUGUUCGGACUUUGGAUCUUUGCGGCAAUCGCUGCUUUUUUCCACUGCGUUCAAGCUCAAGCUAGCAAUGGCACAUCAUUUGGCACGAUAGGAAUAAAGACCUUCGGGCCCAACAACAGUGUGCUCCGCACGAGCAUCGACAAUGGUCCCAUCAAUCUGGCGGACCAGGGUUUCAUCGAGGAUUUCAUCGAGUUGCUCGAAUCUCUGAACAGCACCGUUGACAGCAAUGGCGACCCUCCCGUCAAGGUAGUCAUUGUAGCAUCCGCCCUCGAAACCUACUUCAUCGACACCUUCGACAUCAGACUUUUCUUGCCCCCCGGCCCAAUCAACAACAAUGUCAACGGAACCGCUGUUCUGUUCCGAUUCUGGCACCUCCAAAGCCUUCUCAGCACUCUCCCUCAAUUGUUUAUUGCCGAGAUCGACGGUGUUGCAUACGCCGCAGGCAACGAACUCAUCUUCAACAUGGACCUCCGCUACGCCGGCCCCGGCGCCAUCUUCGGUGCUCCCGAAGCUGUCUGCGGUGUCCUCCACGUCGGCGGUAUCGAGCAGCUCACCUCAGUCAUUGGCCCCGCCUACGCAAACGAGUACAUGAUCUCGGCGCUCCCAAUUGAAGGGCCGCGCGCCGCCGAAAUCGGCUGGGUCAACAAGUACUACGAGUCGUCCGAGGAACUCAGCAAAGAAGUUGACGCGCUCGCCUCCCGCAUCGCGCUGUUCCCGUACACGGCCAUCACCGCCAACAAGAAGGCCAUUCGCAGGCUCGGCCCGACCCAGGAGCAGAUUGAUGCGGGCAAGACUGAGUUCUUUGCCCUCGUGCAGAACGAGUUUGUGCAGACGUGUGUGCUGAAUUGGCUGGAGCUUGCGGGCGGUAACGAGAGUUAUGUUUCUGACUCGGAAUUCCAGAGGACGCUUUUGGAUAAGUUGCCUAAUGUCUGGACUUGAGACUGUGCAUCUUAGGUUAGCGAGACAUUCAUACAUUUGUAGGACAUGGAUGAGCAUGGGGUUUGCGAAAUUGCACCGUGGAAGGCUGUCGU